AAACGAAGGCAGAGGAGGCUCGCAUCCCCCGCCCACAAUUUCAGGUGACAGCUAGGCAAAACAGGCCGUUCACAACUUGCUGCACGCCAAGGAACUGCGCAGGCAACGAACCGUUUUAUGACAGCAAUUACUACACUGUAGUUUGUAAAUAUAGAAUUACCAACUGAUACACCAAACGGCUGUUAAUUAAUUGUUUCUAAAUCGUGUGAAUUGCAGUCUUCAGCUGCACAAAACAAUCCCUCUUCCGCAAUAUACCGAACAGUGGGGAGAAACUCGAAUCCUGUAGCUAACUUAACUAACGUUAGCUAUACCACGGGCUAACUAAUUUGUUGUACGUUUUAAUUAUUUAUCGAAAUGUCGGACAUUCCGGGGGACGGAAAGUUGGAGCUGAAACAAGCCAGCAAAGAAGUAAAGGAGAGCGAGAAUGUGGCUGAAAAAUACUCAGCCAUGACCGUGAGCAAGAACAGCGAAAUUACCAUGGGUGAACUGUCAGUGUCGUCUGCUGCGUUCAGUGCGGUCCCUAUUCACAAACCCGUUAAAAAGCAAAUCCAGUUUGUGGAAGACAAGCAGGAGUUCAGCAGGUUCCCUACCAAGGCUGGCCGACGCUCGCUGUCUCGAUCCAUCUCUCAGUCAUCCACGGACAGCUACAGCUCCGCUGCGUCCUACACAGACAGCUCUGACGAUGAGACUUCACCACGGGACAAAACACAGCUCAACUCCAAGGGCACCAGUGACUUCUGUGUGAAGAACAUCAAACAGGCCGAAUUUGGUCGUCGCGAGAUUGAGAUUGCAGAACAAGAUAUGUCAGCAUUAAUCUCCCUCAGGAAGAGAGCCCAGGGAGAGAAGCCACUUGCUGGGGCAAAAAUUGUUGGCUGCACUCACAUCACUGCCCAGACUGCAGUGUUGAUUGAGACUCUGGUGGCCCUGGGGGCCCAGUGUCGCUGGACAGCCUGUAACAUCUACUCAACACAGAAUGAGGUGGCAGCUGCCCUCUCAGAGAUCGGUGUGGCGGUUUUUGCCUGGAAGGGGGAAUCGGAGGAUGACUUCUGGUGGUGUAUCGACAAGUGCGUCAACAUGGAAGGCUGGCAGCCUAACAUGAUCCUUGAUGAUGGAGGGGACUUGACCCACUGGGUGUAUAAGAAAUACCCCAACGUCUUCAAGAAGAUCAGGGGCAUUGUGGAGGAGAGUGUGACUGGGGUCCACAGGUUGUACCAGUUGUCCAAAGCAGGCAAACUGUGUGUGCCAGCCAUGAACGUGAAUGACUCUGUGACAAAGCAGAAGUUUGACAACCUCUACUGCUGCAGAGAGUCUAUCCUGGAUGGCCUGAAGAGGACCACAGAUGUGAUGUUUGGAGGAAAGCAGGUUGUUGUAUGUGGGUAUGGAGAGGUUGGGAAAGGUUGCACUGCCGCACUGAAAGCCAUGGGAUCCAUCGUCUACGUCACAGAGAUUGAUCCCAUCUGCGCCCUGCAGGCCUGCAUGGACGGCUUCAGGGUGGUCAAGCUGAACGAGGUCAUCCGCCAGGUGGACGUCAUCAUCACAUGCACUGGGAAUAAGAACGUGGUAACUAGGGACCAGCUGGACCGCAUGAAGAACGGCUCCAUCGUGUGCAACAUGGGACACUCCAACACUGAGAUUGACGUGGCAAGCCUGCGGACCCCAGAACUGACCUGGGAGAGAGUGCGCUCUCAGGUGGACCACGUCAUCUGGCCUGACGGCAAGAGGGUCAUCCUGCUGGCCGAGGGUCGUCUUCUGAACCUCAGCUGCUCCACAGUUCCCACCUUCGUCCUGUCAAUCACAGCCACGACCCAGGCUCUGGCCCUUAUUGAGCUGUACAAUGCUCCAGAGGGCCGCUACAAACAGGAUGUCUACUUGCUGCCCAAGAAGAUGGAUGAGUAUGUUGCCAGCCUGCACCUGCCCACCUUUGAUGCCCACCUGACUGAGCUUUCAGAUGAGCAGGCCAAGUACCUGGGUCUCAACAAGAAUGGCCCAUUCAAACCCAACUACUACAGGUAUUAGCUUGCAUGACUGGACCACAACUCUGCACUCCUUGACUUGGACAAGGCCUGGAUGACCAGAAGAUAAUGAAAUCUAUAUUUAAUUUUUUAAAGACACUGUUUCUGUUUUCAAAUCGAGCUCUAUUCCGUCAUCUUAAGUAAAUGUUACCCUGUUUCAUUUGCUGUUUUGUGUGUUUAGUUUCACCAUCAGUUCUGUAAAUACACACCUCCUCUAAGAAACCAGCACGCAGGAUCCCACUGGCCAUGAAUGACUAAUUAAUUGAAAGUACAGCACUUAAACUCUGCUCUCUGCUAGAGAUGUAUUUUUUUCUACAGAAGUCUGAUUUCAUACCCACUCUCCACUAGAAUAGACAUUUUUUUUGGUGGUUUAUCAGUAGUUUGUUUAAUGUUUAUAUUAUUGUGCCAAAUGAUUGUGUAGGGAAGGGGAUCGUUGUGAUUGAGAUUUUAUUUGUUUUCUGCAUUGAUGUCGCUACACGCUUCUCAAAUAAUUACAUUCCAGCCAGGGGAACAGGGAGAAAUGGCCUCUACACUAGAAAGUCCCAAUCGCAUUUAAAGGUCCAAUGCAGCCGUUUGUAUCUUAAUAUCUAAUCAUUUCUGGGUCACAAUUAAGUACCUUACUGCGAUUGUUUCUUUUUUUAAAACUAUUUUAAUUGAAAACAGCUUCUUAGCAAAGAGCAAUUUCUCAAGCAAGAAUUUUGCUAGGACUGUCAGGGAGUGGUCUGAGUGGGUUGGGGAAAACUGAAAACUAGCUGUUAUUGUCAGAAAGGUUUGGAACUCUCUUAUUGGUCUAUUGACUAAUUUACCGUCUGGUGAUGUCAUCAGGCCGGCCAAACUCCAUCCCACCAAAACAGGCUGAAACUUCAGGCAGUCUUUCAAACAGCUCUUACUCUAAAAGGGCAUUAUUGUAAUUUUAACAAUUCCACAGCCUUAUUCCAACCUCAGUCUAGAAAUAUAUAUAAAACAAAGGAAAUUAAGUGUUUGACUGCACUGGGCCUUAAACACAUUGUCACGUUUCCUACUGGAAACAUGAUACCCACAUAGAUGUUUAUUACCAGCUGUUAAUUUUACUGCUCUAUCCUCUCUCCCUUUGAAACAGAGCUGAAAUGUGAUUGAAUUGAAAAUAUGAUUACUUUUACUGACUGAAUCUCCUAAGGCGUACAUGUAUGCAUGCAUGUACAGUACAGAAAUGUAGUUAUCUUCACCAACAUGUAGAUACAGAAAGGUAUGUGUAACCAGAAGAGCGAUUAUCCAAUGUGGCACUGGUUUUGAUUGGUUCUCACAUGGUUAUAGGGUAAUAAGACUGAAAUGUUUUGCAUUAAAGGACUCUUAUCAGACUCAAAUGACAAUAAUGGAGUUGACAUUUCUCCAUGUCUGGUCCUAAUUAUGUGGAAAUGCGUUUAUUGAAAAUAUUUUUGAAAUAUUGUAGAUGGCUGAUAGUUUAUUGUUACUGGUAUCAUUUUUUGUGUCGUGAAUCCUGUUUUUUCUUAAUGUUCCUAAUCACCAUGUUGUCCUUCUCUGUUCUCUACAUCCAUACCUGCGUGUUUUCAUGUCACCAUCACAUGGUCACUAUUGUCAGUUUUUAGCAGAAAGAAUAACCUUACACAGCCAACCAACUCUCCAUAAGGGAGAGUUGUUUUUCAGUGGAGUAAUGAUGAUCAUCAGACUGCAAACUGCAUGUUUUAUGGUGUUUAGUUUUUUUCACCCGCCGAUAGUAUUACAGAGGGUAAAUAAUAUGUAUGUAUUACCUGUGCAUUUAACAGACCACUGUCAUCCUGGUCUGUUAACAUGGGACACCGAGUCCAUUGAAUACAGACCACAUCUGUGCAUACAAUUUUAGUUUUUGCUGAAGUUUUCAGGCUUUUCUGUCCUUCCAUUUUAGCUGUGUGAAACAGAUUUGUGUAUAUGUUCGCUGAUGCAACUGUGAGAUAAAGCACUUUCAUCUUUGCACUACCUAAAGCUGUUGGGCAUUACAAGCAAGGACUUAUGCGUGAGAAGAACAUUGUUGGCGGGACAUUGGCGUCGUAACGUUGGUUACUGGUCAAGUGACAGUGCCUUGUGACUCAUCUGCUACUGUACAUAUUCAUCACUUGUAGGAUUAUGUCCGUCUGCUCUCUUCCUCUUUGGAAGCUGUCCAACAGUGUUCUGAUUCUGCAAUAUAAUCGCUGUGCACAAAUCUAGUGGACUCUUAUAAAGAUUUGUACUUACUGCUUGAUGUGUCAAUAUUUUAAAGUUACUUCCAUUGUGAGUUAACAAAGUAGUUUUAAUUCACUUGUUUUGUACAUACCAUUGUUUUUGAAAGUACAGUACAUUUUUCCAUUUCUUCCCUUGGGUAUGGUCUGUAUAGCACUACCAAAAGCAAAAUGACUCGAUCGCCCAGAAUUCCUUUACAUGCACUGCAUUGAUUACAAUGCCUCUCAAGUUCAGUUUUAGUUAAAUGAAUCUUCCAUAUUUUUAAUUCAUUCAUAUUGUCAUAACGAUAAGGACUAGCCAGAUGUCCUAAUAACUGACAAAUAUAGUCAGUUUAUGAAACAUUGUCUAACAGGAGAGAGUUCUUAUCUCACCAGCUCUCAAGUCCAGGGUCAUUUGGCUGUUGUAUGCAACAGUGCUCUGCAAUUUCACUUCAACCGACGUAAAUAGUGAAGAACUCUAGUGACAUAUAAUUAUUAUGCUUAUGUGAUUGAUUUGUAACCAUUUUUAAUAAUUUCAUCUCGAAAAUACCAUAUACCUAGUGACAAGUUUCACUUAUUGACAACAGUAUUCAAAACCAAGUGAUGCGUGAGGAGCUGAAAUGUUGACCCUUUAUUAUUUGAAGCAAGGAUCACUGAGACGUACAUGAUGCGAGAAUCGCUUAUGUAUCUCUGGUUUCGACAAAACUAACUUUUUAGCUGAUUAUUUGAGCUUUGCAAAUGAAAUCAUAAUGUUAGAUUAUACAGUACUAUGUAUUAUUUUUCUGUGUAUUAUUUGGUGUAGUCUGGCUGAGUCUCAAUUCAAAUUGAUUUACUUGAAUGCUCUCCGAUGCUGUUGUUUCUGCUUUCUGUUGGUUGAUGUAUAUCUAUCCCUUUAAUAAACUUUUAUGUGUUUGAAUUAAA